AAUUGUCAAGCGAACUACUUUACGCAUUUUAUCUGCCUUCUUCUUCUUUUUCAGAAAAGGAAUUUGAUUAGAAGAGAUGAGGUAGAUCGUAUUCAAGAUCUGAAAGUAUUUUCACUGGAAACACUGAAGCGGGAAAAAGUUUAAUCAGAGUAGUAGUACGUGAAAAUCUGGAGAAGCACAUGGCAGAUCAAUCUAUGGUUUCAUCAAUAAAACCUGCUGGUCCAUCAGAAAAAGUGAGAAAUUGGCUUGAUUUGCCUGUUGGUGUUAUGCAUCGAAUAUUUCUCAAGGUAGGGGCAAUUGAUAUCAUAUUUAGUGCUCAAGCAGUCUGUACCGAGUGGCGAAACAUUUCCAAAGAGCCUUUGCUAUUUCACUAUAUAGAUAUGCGGCUGUCUACGACGACCUUGUUCAAGAAAUAUGCUUUUUCUAGAAGGAACAAAAUAUGCAAACCUGAUCUUGUAGAAACUGCAAAAAUAGCCGUGGAUAGGAGCUGUGGCCAGAUGGUUGAAUUCACCAUGGGUGAUUUUGGUACUGAUGAGCUUUUAGCCUAUAUUGCCGAUAGGUCUGAUUCCUUGAAGCUUCUUCGGCUUGUAUCUUGCAAUAAAGUUAGCGCCAGAGGACUAACUAACAUUUCCAAUAAAGUCCCCAUGCUGGAGAAACUUGAAAUAGUCCACUGUUAUUUCUUAGCUCAAACACUUGAAGCUAUUGUGGAAUCUUUCCCUCGUAUGAAAUCGUUCAUGCUGGUUAGUCAUUUUGACGACAUCAUAGAUGAUGAUUUUGAUGCAGAAGUCAUUUCAAAGAAUAUGCCUGAACUACGUCACCUCUGUCUUCGUGGAAAUCAAUUGACUAGUUUGGGCUUGUAUUCCAUUAUCCUCAGCUGUCCACACCUUAAAUCUCUCAACCUUAGGGAUUGAUACAAUUGUAAACUUGAUGGAGAGCUAUUUCAAACAUGUAAAUCUAGGCGCAUGAAAAUUGUGUUUCCGGAUGGCUCAAUCUAUGGUCUAGAUGGACCAUGAUAGAGACGCAAAAGCCAUUGUGUAGUUGAAAUUGAUCCUUUUUACUUGAACCUGCAGCAAUGAUGUGGUAACUGUUAAGGAGUGAUUUUGGAUUAUAACUUAGAAUUUGAGUGUUUCGCAGAUAUGUUCUUAGUAGUUCGGAUUACAAGAUUUGUCAGUUUGGACCUCUUGGCAUUGGUUAUAACUAAAUCUAUAGAUCAUGGGAAUGAUCACAUGGGUUGUUGUAAACCUUAAUAUUUAUGUGGUUUAAACUCAUAUGAAAUUCUCAAAA